AACAUCGAAAAUAUCAGCAUCUUCAGUCACUUCUGUUAUCAUUCAAAUAUUUUGGAAUUAUAAAUAUGUAAAAACAGAAAAUAUUUUCUCUGAAAGUGACAAAUUUAGGGUCACACAUUUUUAUUUCUGUUUUUUGUGUUACCUUCCACUCUAACUCGUCACACCUUUGUUUUCUUCAACACCUCCUGCGAGGUUCAUCUGAAUCUAGAUCGCGCGAUCCUACAGGCUGAUUGCGAAAUUCAGAUCAGAUAGCUUCUGUUUGUUUAAACCUUCUGCUACUCUUAACAAACAGGCGUGAUCGAAGAUUGGUGCUCGAAUUCGAGUUUCUGACCGGCAUUCCGCGAAACAUAAUUAAAAAUAUUUAUUAAUUUUGUGAAUUUAUUAGAUUUUCGGACCGAUUUUUCUCCUAAACAAAGACGCUCCUUGCGAACAGAUCCAAAACGAAACAAGAAAUGCUAUCGGAAUGUUUGAUUCAAAAUAUUAUUUUUUCUUGAUUUUGGUCAUCAUUAACCACAAAGUUGUGAAGCAUUGCAGCAGUGGUUUUUAAAACUGAUCUACGCCAGAGACAGUUACGCAUUUUCUGCUGCGCUAAUAGGAUCAAACUGGAACGGGACGAGCACAGAAAGUAAAAAAAAAGGAAAGACGCAACGAAACAAACGCUGGUAGCAAUGUCACGAGCGUAUAAUUUUCAUAUUAACAACAGUUUUAAAAUGCUAUUAAAAUGAGACGUUAAAAAACGAGCGCAUUGAUUAGGUCGAACGUUCGGGGCGCUUGGAGCGCAGAACAGAGCACAGGAAAUAAACUUGUGUCAAUAAUUCAAACUCCGAGGAGGGACUGGACGGAUGAACUGAAUAGGGGAAAUUAUUAUGUUCCAGCUGUUCAGAGUGACAAAGUUCGAAAGUUAAUUGGAUUUAGACAAUUCGCAUUCCCGGUCAACAGCUUAAUGAUUUGAAGUCUCCAUCUUAAUGGAGCCGAUUUAUUUGAACUUUCAUUGCACUUGCUUGUGUAUAUAUAUAUGUACUUCACUUACUUUACUUACUUCACGUGUAGAUGAUAAUGAGCACUUUGGAACAAAUUAUAAUCAGGGUAAUAAUAAUGAGUAUUAUCUGAACUGAUACUGUUCAGAUCUUGAAACAGAAACUAACGCACUUGAAAAAGAAAUAUCCUUCAAACGCAUAAGAGAUUGAAGAAAUGAUCAUCUUCUCUUGAUGGCCAUGAUCGAGAUCGAUUCGGAAUGACUUUCCCUCCUCCGCAUUGUUGGCGGUCGUGUUCAACAGACUCCAAAACGCAUUCAGUCUCGCAAACUGACCCAAGGCAAUCAUUUAACCGGUAUGGCAACUGCUGCCGGGUACCAUUCAUGGUUAUUAAUUGCCGAGACAGGCGAGGAAACUAGAAAAGCCUAUUCGACAGUCAGCGUACGAAAAAUCAAUUUUCAAUUAACAGAUUGCAUGCGAUGGUCAUGCGAUGCUUUUCGGUGGGUUUGUCGGAUUCACUGUGAAGGAAAAUUAGAAUUGAAUGGCCACCGUUGACGGAGUGAAAUUGGCGUAUAUAAAAAAGGCUAAAGUUUUGAGCAAAAAACAUCAGUCACUCAGCAACACUCCCAACUAGCAGUACUCGAACACAGUCCUUCGGAAAUCUAGAAAUGAUUAAGGUCAUCGUUUUGGUUGUCUGCCUAGCCUUAGCUGCAUCAGCUCAGUACUAUUCGGAUCACGGUCAUCACGUGGAGAUCAAAGAAUAUCAUGAUCAUCCCAAGUACAAGUACGAGUACGGAGUCAAGGAUGGCCACACUGGCGACCACAAAAGCCAAUGGGAGCACCGCGAUGGUGACAUUGUCAAGGGGGGAUACACUUUGGAUGAGGCUGAUGGAACCCACCGCGAGGUCGAGUACAAAUCGGACCAUCAUAACGGUUUCCAAGCCCAUGUCAAGCGCGUUGGACACGCUCAUCACCCCCAUGGCGAAAGUUACUCCAACAUUGACCAGCACCACUAAACUGCAGCAAUUCAGGCUGUUGUCAAGCCGGAAAACACCAUCAAAGUUCCUACAUCCGUUUUUCUUACCUUGUUGU